AUGCCCGGCACCUUCUCCAAUCCCGAAGCUGUAUCUCAAGACACAGAUGAGGAACAUGCAGUCCCAUGUCAUGUUCGCUCUUUGAUCGAGAAGAGUUUGGUCCUCCGAUUGGACUGUUUCUUGUUGUUUUUCGGAUGCGUAUCUCAGAUCAUCAAGUAUCUGGACCAGCAAAACAUCAAUACUGCGUAUGUAUCUGGGAUGAAAGAAGACCUGAACCUAGUCGGAAAUGAAUUGAAUUACUUUACGACCUACUUCAACGUCGGAUACUGCAUAAUGGCGAGUGGUUCUUCCCACAUCCGUGGAACAGUAAGUGCUAUUUACGUCCGACCUUCCUUUUGGCUUCCGGGUCUUGAAAUCGCCUGGGGUAUCUUGACCGGGAGCAUUGCUGCCUGUCACAGUCCAAAGCAGAUUUAUGCCGUUCGGACUUUUUUGGGACUAUGCGAGAGCAGUGCGUGGCCCGGUAUGAUGACGCUCUUUAUGCAUUGGUAUACGCCCACAGAGCUCGCGAAGCGUAUGGGAUUCUACCACUCUUGUCAGGCGAUAGGCAGCAUGAUGGCCAAUGCUCUUCAGACCGCUGUACAGAGCACUUUGGAUGGACACUAUGGAAUAGCGGGGUGGCGAUGGCUGUUUAUCAUCAACGGGAUUAUGACCGUCGUCUUUGCGUUUUUCGGCUUUUUCCUUCUUCCCGAUUUGCCCAACAAACCUAAUCCGAGGGCGUUCUGGUUCAACAAAGGUCACGCCGCGAUGGCUAUGGAACGAUUGGAGAGGCAUAACCGAGCCGAACCGAAGGAGGUGACUUGGGCUAGCAUCAAACGCUCAGCUACCAAUUGGGUCAUAUAUUUUAUUACCAUCCUCUAUGUCGCCACAGUGCUGGCUAGCUAUGGUUACGUUUACUUUAAUCUCUGGCUGAAGUCGCUCAAAAAUCCUGAUGGAACGAGUCGCUGGGGCGUGUCGGAAAUUAACGCUAUACCAAUCGGUGGUCAGGCUAUACAAGUAGCAUUUGUCUGGAUUUGGGCACUAUUAUCUGACUGGCUCAAAACCAGGCAUUGGCUUAUCAUUCUUCAAGGCCUUAUUGGCCUUAUUCCAUGCAUCAUCAUGACGAUCUGGAAUGUACCUGAUAGUGCCAAAUAUUUCUCGUACUUCAUAUCAUUCGUCGCGCUCGGUACUGCUCCCUUGAUAUUCGCUUGGGUAUCGGAUCUGAUCCCCCAGGAUCCCGAGCAAAGGACACUUGUAGUUGGUGUGGCUGUCGCUGUCUACUACGCUAUCUCCGCUUGGUCUCAAGUUCUCGUAUGGCCAGCCUCUCAAGCUCCUCAUUACAAGUAUGGCUGGCAGGUGUCUCUUGGACUCUGGAUCCUCGUCAUCGUCAUGACGCUCACAUUGCGGUGGAUUGACAUAAGAUAUAUGUUGCCCAAGCGUAUCGCCUUUGCUAAGCAAUUCAAAGCGACUACAGAGACGCGCUGA